CCAUAAUAUAGCACAAACACCCUUGAUCACCGAACAAUGACAGAUAGAUACCGCCUUACCCUAUAUUACUGAUACUUACUCCACGACAGCGAUACAGAGGCCUAAGGAAGCGUCACAGCAGUCAUAACACUGAAAGUGUUGCUUUGAAACCACAUUAUACCGAGGACUAUACUCACUGAAGUAGAAAUGGAGGACAUUAAAGAUCAAUUUCGAGACGGUAUCGAGAACGUAAAGGAGAUGCUCGGACCAAUGCAGAAAUGCGUCACACCAACUUCCGCUUUAGUGGGACUCGGGGCUGGUCUGACUGUGUAUUGGCUGAUCAAACGGAACAAAUACAAACUUCCACCAGGACCUACCCCCAUACCGCUCGUCGGAAAUUACAGUCUGAUGAUGGAAAGGGGUCUUCAAGAAGAAUGCGUAAAACUAGCAGAGAAGUAUGGCCCUGUCUUCACGAUAUAUAUGGGCCCUCUCCGAAUGGUGAUCGUCAAUACGAUUGAAGCUGCAACACAGGUCCUUGUCAAAGCUAAGGCGGACUUCGCUGAUCGCAUGCCGACUACGUUUGGUGACGCCUUAUCGGAUAACGGAAAGGACAUUGCAUUUUCACAGUAUACGGUUUCAUGGAAACUUCACCGCAAAAUUGCCGGUACUGCUCUUAGAAACUACUUCAGGGGAGGCAAACUGGAAGAAGCAAUACAUGGAUCUUGCUCACAUGCUAUCAAGGCAUUCGAGGAAAAGAAAGGAGAACCUUUCGUCCCACAUGAAUGCAUAGACCUUACUGUAUUCAACGUCAUGGUUGCGCUUUGCUUUCAAAACGUGUAUACUUUUGAUGACUCUCGAUUCAAGCGUUUGGUGGAUUUAGACAACGAACUUUUGUUAAAUGUUGGAGCUGGUUUCGUAGAAGAUCUGCUACCUAUUUUGGCGAAGACAUGGCCUACCAAACGAUACGCAAGAGCAAUGGAAAUUUUAGAUGAAAUAUUUGAGUUCGUCAAUGGCGAAUUGAGGAAUCAUAAAGAAACUUUCGACGAAGGCAACAUAAGAGACUUCGCAGAUGCCUUAAUUCUGGCGCGAAUGGAGGCAGAAAAUGAUGAGGAUACGGAACUACUGAACCAACUCACCGAUGUCCAUCUCAAACAGACCAUGAUUGACGUUUUCUUUGCUGGAAUAGAUACCACCCGUUUUACACUUCAGUGGUUCUUUCUUUAUCUUGCUGCAAAUCCAGAAAUACAGAAAAAAGCACAGAAAGAAAUCGACAAUGCCGUAGGCCGUGACCGCCUACCUGGACUCGCAGAUCGACCUUCAAUGCCAUACACAGAGGCCGUCCUGCACGAGACAAUGCGGAUUGCGACAGUGGCGCCGUUAGGGGUCCCACAUGCCGCUAGAGUUGAUGCAAAAUUAUGUGGAUAUGAUGUACCCAAGGGAACGGCUGUAGUCAUAAAUCAUUGGGCAUUGCACAAUGAUGCACGACAUUGGAACGAUCCCAAAAAGUUUGAUCCGGAAAGGUUUUUAGAUUCUGAUGGAAACCUUGCACAAAAACCAGUAAGUUGGCUUCCAUUUUCUGCCGGCAGAAGAGUAUGUCUUGGAGAGAGCAUCGCAAAGGCUGAGCUUCAUGUUAUCGCCGCAAUCAUCCUGCAACAGUUUGAUCUGAUGCUGCCGCAAGGUGUCGCUGCAGACUUUUCUCCAGAGAUCAGUAGUUUUGUUGGAUAUACCGCAAACAGGUACAAAAUUGUCCUUAAAAAGAGAUCUUGAAGAGACAAUCGAUAACAGAAGGUCCUAGCGGAACAAGUUGUGGAUUUAAAUAUGUUUAUUGUAAGAAAUGCCACUGAAUUUUAGGAGCAUCAUGCAUGAACAUCCAUGCAAAUAUUUUAAACCCAGUUUUUCAUGGAUGAAGAAAGCAUACCCGGCCUAAGAUGGAAAUGAUGGUGUGUUAUAUUGACUACAAGUAAUCAGACUCGAAUAAUCAAUUAUCAGAUAUAGAACGAUUAAUCAAAAUCCAGAUGCCAAAGUCUCCAUCUUAAUUCUGUAACUACCAAUAGAAAAUCAUCUUCCACAUAUGCUUUGGCCGCAUUCUGUCGAAGAGCUUCGCAUGUUAUCGGAAAAUAAAUAUACACCAUGUAUAUAUAUAUAUACUAGUAUAUGGCUCUCAUCACAAAAAAAAUCAUUGAAUAUUAUAAUCAACGCAAAUAAAAAUAUUUAUAUAUAUCAACAGCGUCAAUAUAUAUAUGUUGUUUUUGUAAUUCGUCCUCUCUCGAGCGCGAGAUAAUGUUUUCAUGAUGUAAUUGAUUAUUAAAGAUAAUAAGAUAAGCUGGUUGUUGGUAAUGAUAUUUAGUAUUUCAAUAUCUGGUAUCUAGUAUUGAGUGGUAAGCAUUAAGAAAGUUUUUUUUUACCGUUUCGUUUAAAUAUUGACGUACUUAAACCAAAGUGUCAUUUUAGUAGUUUUGAAACUACAUAUGUACCCUUUCGGAUCAAAAGUUUUUUUCCGCAAUGUUUAACUUUACCAUAAUUUCUUUGUAUUUACAACUUUUUUCAAUCUCUUGUCCUGACUUCGUUUAUGGUUGUAUUUUAUUGAUUUUUUGGAUGUUGAUCAAAAAAUAUAUCGAAAGACCACAUGUAAAAUACCGAUGCACAAUACCCCGUAUGUUCGAAGAAAUUAAAAUCAGCAAAAAAUUAAAUUACCUCUGGCACCGUCAUCUUUCAUACACUUACCAAAAUAUCAUCAAAAAUGCUCUUGCGAAAAUUGAUCCUGUAAAUUACUUCAGAAUUUUCAUAUAACGAUAUCGGGAAAAAAUGGAAUUAUUUUGAAAAUUAACUUGAAACCAAUAUCUCUCAGCAUACAAACUUCGGUUAAAAUCGGCCUAUCAACAAAUUCAGUGGAAAUUCUUAAAAAAAAAGAAAAGAAAAAAAAACUAAAAUGAUAACAUAAUUUAGCAGAAUUAGAUUGUGCGGACACAAUUUUGACCUGUAACUGUAUAUUACUUCGCGAAGUAUUACUGCGAAAGCUAUCAGCGUAUUGUUUGGAUAUUUGAUGUUCUUAAGUAGAAGAAAGGUAAUUUUUGUCUGAGGAAAAAGUAUAAAUUUUAAUAUGCUUGUGCUAACACGGUCAGUACCAUGAGGUGUAAUAUAUAUUUUUGCGAGGAUAAAGAAAAACAAAAGUAAUCGCCAACUCCAGCCGAACCCUGGUUGUCUUUCUUCGUACACUGUACGGUCAUCAAAACAUUUUAACGAAACUGAGUGUGUUUUCGUUGAUAGAUAUUUGCUAUAUGAAUACUACUUAUAUUUGUUAAAAAAUAAAGAUAUUGUAAUUAGAAAA